AUGCAAGGUGCCGCAAAAACCAAUAUCGAAGGCGUCGAUGUCCUCAUUGUGUCUGCCAGCUAUGGACGGAGCAAGGAAAGUAGGCUUUUCCUGGUGAACUUUGACGAAUGCAGCGAAGAAGACGCUCCCAUGGAUGACGAAAUGAAACGAAAGAAGAUCAUGUACCCUCCUGGGAUGGAGGAUGUCCAUGUUUCCCCCACAUCUGAGUAUGUCUGGUUCCUCACCGAAUUUGGUAAGAAGGAACGACUCCCCUUCACUCCUGGCGCGAAGAAUCGACGUGUGACCUUUGCAAUCAAGAAAAGUAAGAUUGUUGAUUUGCUUGGUGUGGAAGCCGACUCUAGCGACUCCAGCGACUCCAGCGACUCUGGCGAAGGUGAGUAG